AUGCUCUGCGCGCUUGGGCGUCGGCUAGUCCUAACCACCUUGGUGUCCUCGCGCAACGCAUUACUACUCGUCGCGUACCAACAAGUUCACCCAUACGAAAUCAUGUCUGCGAUGGAAGUGGAUACCCCCGAUACUAAGUCCAAGGACAAGAAGCCCCGCUUCGAAGUCAAAAAGUGGAAUGCCGUAGCAUUAUGGGCCUGGGAUAUUGUUGUCGAUAACUGCGCUAUCUGCAGGAACCACAUUAUGGACCUCUGUAUCGACUGCCAGGCCAAUCAAGUUUCCGCCACGAGUGAGGAAUGUACGGCGGCAUGGGGUAUCUGCAACCACGCCUUUCAUUUUCACUGCAUCUCUCGUUGGCUAAAGACGCGUAAUGUGUGUCCACUGGACAAUCGCGAGUGGGAACUCCAAAAGUACGCAUGUCAUUUUUCCGUAUACUCAUCUCAGCCUAUUAAUAUUCUUGAAUAG